AUGAGCCUGUCUUUUCAUGAUACAUUUGCUCUUGUACAGAAAAACAUUACAUCACUCAAGACUUCAUCGAAUCAGACAGACACGGAAAAUGCAAUUGAGAAGUCAUGCAAGCUCGUUUUACGCUGUUACAAUACUCUUGCUUCUCAACAGGAGCUAUCUGGAGUUCAAGUUGCUUCUUACCUUAUGAACUGGAAUGAUCAUUACACAACGCACAAAUUUGAAGGUCUCUUUUUAAUUCAAAUUGAGCGAUAUUUACAAACUCAAUUGAAUGAAAUACGUACCAAACAAAAAUUGGAACAUUCAGUGCACGAUCGUGACGAAACUCGAGAACGAUAUAGUCGAGCUCUUCUCACGCUUUUUGUACCCUGGCGUCCCGUUGCUGAUCUUUGCGACUGCAAUCAGACGUGGGAAGAUGCACUUAAAUCUCGGCAACAUCUUAUUUCUACGUAUUCGUGGAAGAUUAUAGAAAAUAUUCACCUUUUACAUGAAUGCAAAAAGGAUCGCGAUAAACAUUUGCUACAAGUUAUUGCUGAAUCUCAACUUGAAAAUGGCGCAAUCGAUCCAGUACGUUUGUCAGCAAAUCAAGGUGUUGAUGGUGAAUAUGAUAUUGACGACAGCGAUCAGUUACUUGAACUACUAGGAAAUUUAGACGAAUACACAACUACUACGGCCAACGCGAACAAAAAAUCAACAGAAAAUAAAUAUAUUGAAGAAACUAUCGAAGCAGUCGAAAACGUCGGACGAUUCAGUCAUAUGAAUUCAUCUCAACAAUCUUCUUUCAAUGAAUUCAUCAAUCUCACCGAUCGACAAUUUGUACCGUUCGUUUCCGCAACACCCGAUCUGGUUCGACUCAAUACGAAAUGGCAAGAACAGCUGAAGACUGAGAGAGCACGAGUUAGACGAAGUUUGAUUACAGGCAAUUGCGACAGAAUGGAUGAUGUCUUGGAUUUAAAUGCUGCAAAAGAUGCUGUUAUAACUGUGGUCAAUUCAAACACCUACAACAAAAACAUAUUUGAAAAUUAUGGAUCGAUUCUUCCAGUAGUUUCAAUUACAACUAGCUUUUCUACUCAGAAAAGUAUUGCCAAUGAAUUUACAUUGAAUAGAGAACAGCGAGCUGCAUUUAUGAUAAUAACAAGUCAUUUAUAUGGUGACAGUCGAUGUCGCACAGGUUAUAACAGUGGUCAGCUCAUAAUGUGCAUACCUGGAUGUGGUGGCACCAGCAAAUCACAACUGAUUCGCGCUCUCACCAAAUACUUUCUUGUUACAAAAAGAACGCAAAUGGCGCGGAAGCUUGCGCCUACGGGAAUUGCUGCGACUGAAAUAGGUGGUAUGACGAUUCAUUCAUUUUUAGGUGAGCAGCGUAAUUCUGGCAAACCACGCACCAUCAAAGCCGGUGAUUUAAAACUCGAAAAAGAAUGGAUACUCAUUGAAUACCUCUUAAUUGAUGAGAUGAGUAUGGUUGGCUUAACUCUUCUUGUGAAACUUAACCGAAUAAUUUCUGCUGCAAAACAUGUCGAUCCGCAAAUUCCUUUCGGUGGUGUGAACGUCAUAUUCUUUGGCGAUUACUUACAAUAUCAACCUGUAUAUGAUGCACCAUUGCACACAGACUUCCCAUUGUUGUCGAAAAAGAAAUCAGCUAAAUUACCCACUGAAAAAGAAAUUCAACAACGUGUCGCACGCUCUUUAAUUAUUCAAAUUAAUUGUGUCGUAAAACUAACGCAACAAAUGCGAAUGGAGGAUAUACGAUACCUUCAACUGCUCGAACGACUCCGUCACGGGCAAUGCAAUUACGAUGAUUAUGAAUUAUUGAUGACACGAGUCGUUGGACAGCCAUCAGUUGGUUUUCUACGUGAUUCACCAUGGAAUCAAUUUUCUAUCUUUGUCUUCCCAAGUAAGCAAAAAACGAAGGGAGAUUGCCGACGUGACUAG